CUUCAGUUGUUCUCACAAAGCCGCGCUAUGGACAAUGGCUUUCUAUAAGCUCUUUCUUUCAAUGCUAACCAUUACAGUAUCUCAUAUAAGCACCACACCCGAUAUUCUCAGCCCGAUUGUCUCAAGCAUCUCGCUUUUAUCGCUGUUCGGCUGCACUCUUCAAGCCACAUGGCAAUCAAAUUGGCAAAAGGUAUUUUACGAUACACAUUUCACUUGUCAAACGAUGCUCGCUUCCCUUGACCAAAUGGUAUUCCGCUUACACCAUGAAAACAGCUACAUUUUCUAUUAACGAGUUUUAAUUCUCACUAAACACUACUCAUCAUUUGCAU